AUGAACGGUGCCAGCAAUCAAGCCGACGUCAAUGGGGCGGCAAACAUAGCUGCGAGCAAUACGGAGUCAGGUCAUUACGACGUUGCUGCUGUCAAGGGGAUUUUCUCGCAGUUCGCCAGCCUAAUACAUGCAGCCCAGCGUCCGCUGCCCACUCAGACUGGGAACGGAUCGUACAUUAGCCAUGAGGAGCCCACUGGUCUGCUCGGUGAUCUGGGCAGUAUUGGAUGGCAGGAGGUCAAAGACAUUACCCAAAUCUUGGAGGCGGCAGCGUCUGGCAAGCCUAUGGACGAUCGAAAAUACACCAUGGAAAAGGUCAUACAAGUGACUGCCGCGCUGCCAGAAAAGUCUAGGGCCCGUGAAACCCUUGUUAACAAGUUUGUCCACACUCUUUGGACGGACUUGGAGCAUCCACCACUCUCUUUCCUAGGAGAUAAGUUCAAAUACCGCUCUGGAGAUGGAUCGAACAACAACUACCUGUAUCCUCAACUGGGAGCCGCCUAUACGCCGUAUGCUCGAUCUGUCAACCCGCCGCCCGAUCCAUUUCUUCUCUUCGAUGCGUUGAUGGCUCGUCAGGAAUUCACGCCACACCCCAGCGGAGUGUCAUCGUUGUUUUUCGCAUUUGCCUCUCUUGUAAUCCACGACUGCUUCCAGACGGACCAUAACGACUUCAGCAUAUCGAGAACGUCCAGUUAUGUUGAUCUCUCUACCUAUACGGACCACAUCAGGCUCUUCAAAGACGGCAAAAUCAAGCCGGAUUGCUUCUCCGAAGAGCGCUUGCUUGCUUUCCCGCCGGCUGCGGGUGUGAUAUUGAUCAUGUUCAACAGAUUCCAUAACUACGUUGUCGAACAGCUAGCUGUGAUCAACGAAAAGGGACGCUUUACGAAACCCUCCGACCGACUGUCUGGCCCCAGUGCCGAUCAAGCGUGGAAGAAGUAUGACAAUGACCUUUUUCAGACAGGCCGUCUCGUCACAUGUGGUCUGUGGGUCAAUAUAAUUCUCAAGGACUACGUGAGAACAAUUCUCAACCUCAAUAAAACGAAUCUGACGUGGACGUUGGAUCCUCGUGAUGGCUUGACCAGGGAAAAUGGAUACGGAGCAACUGGAAAUCAAGUCUCGGCCGAGUUUGCACUGUGCUACCGAUGGCAUAGUGUCAUUGGGCAGGCUGAUGAGGUCUGGAUCGAAAAGGUUUAUCAACAGCUGUUCCACAAAAGAGCCGAGGAGGUCGACCUUCGGGAACUGAUGAUUGGGCUGUCGACAUUCGACAAUGAUUUACCCAGUGAUCCGAUGGAGCGAUCCUUUGCGGGUCUCAAGCGCGGGGCCGAUGGCAAAUUCAACGACGACGAGCUGGCGAAAAUCAUGACUGGUGGGGCCGAACAGAUGGCCGGUGCAUUUGGUGCCCGCAACACUCCUAAAGUAAUGCGCGCUAUCUCUGCUCUAGCUAUCAAACAAGCUCGUGCCUGGAACUUGUGCACACUAAAUGAGUUUCGAGCCCACUUUGGCUUAAAGAAGUGCGAGACAUUCGAAGAAAUCAAUUCUGAUCCUGAGGUGGCACAACAGCUACGGAAUUUGUACGAACAUCCUGACUAUGUCGAGCUAUAUCCUGGCAUCAUGGUCGAGGAGGCAAAGACGCCGAUGGUCCCGGGAGUCGGAAUUGCCCCAAAUCAUACGCUCGCUCGUGCCAUUCUGGCCGACGCUAUAGCCCUUAUCAGGGGAGACCGGUUCUACACGGUCGACUAUAACGCCAAGAACUUGACCAACUGGGGCUUUCAAGAGGCAUCUUCAGACAUCAGCAUCAAUCAGGGUUGUGUGUUCUACAAAUUGAUGCUCAGAGCAUUCCCCAACAACUUCCAUCCGGACAGUAUCUACGCCCACUAUCCAUUCACCGUUCCAGAGGAAAAUGUGAGAGUGAUGAAAGAUCUUGGUCGUUUUGAUGAUUACAAUUUCGACAAACCUGUGACUGGGACUCAUCGUGUUCUCCUCACCUCAUAUGCGAACUCAAAGUACCUGCUUGAACAUGAUCAAGACUUCAAGGUCAUGUGA